UCAUUGUAUUUGACAACCUUUUGUUUUACACGAGAGAGCUUUCAUUAUGUGCUUUGAUCCGUCGCGAGUUUUAGUGGCGUAAACUAUUCAACAUUUGAAAUACGAUUUAAUUAAUGAUUAAGUGGAGUAAAUAAGAACAAAAUGACAGCGCCACUGACGUCACCAUUUACUUCCACCACGAGCUUGGUUACAUCCCGGAGCACAAAUAAAGCAAUGAUAUCGCCCCGGGUGGCAAACAAGACACUGAAGGAAAGCGAGGAAACUGACGACUGUAGCCUUUGCCUUAAAUCUUUCACUAAUCCCAAAAUACUUCCCUGCUUCCAUACAUACUGCCUUCAGUGUAUAACCACUUAUGUUGAAGCAAACGCACAUAACCAGAAGUUUGCAUGUCCAUUGUGCGCGUUUGAGUGCGUAAUUCCGCCAGGGGGCGUGGAUGAAUUGCAGACGAACUUCUACAUUAAAGCGGCGCAGACGAAAUCAAGUAUUGCCGCUAACAGUCCAUGUGAGGUCUGUGAUGAUGGAUCACGCGCAGAGAGAAAUUGUUUGGAGUGUGAGCAGAAUUUAUGUCAGAACUGUAGCAGAAGCCAUCUUAAGAUGAAGUCGUCACGUGACCAUCAUCUCGUGUCCUUGAAAGAAAAGUCGCAUGCGGGUGAAGGUCAAGUUGCAAGCAAGUCAUUUUGCGAGAAGCACAAAGGAGAUGAGUUAAGUUUCUAUUGCCGAAAAUGUGCGAUCCCAAUCUGUCUCCGUUGUAAAGUAACCAUCCACGAACAGCACACGAGCGAGGACCUCUCGGACGUCGCAGCCGAGAUCCGUGUUUUACUAACCGACAUGCUGAAAGGCGCACAGAACGUCCUGCCGAAGUUUCACGGUCAGCUUAAUGACGUCACAUUCUACAGCGACCACCUGGAGAAAGAACGUGAUAAACUUCGGGAUGAAAUCCUUCAACAGACAAAGAAGCUCCAUGAAACAAUUGAAGAGCUCUCUAGAAAGAUGGUUGCCGACGUUGAAGACGAGUACUGCGUAGAAAUGGCUCGUCUUGGAACAAGACGUAACAUGAUCAGCGAUAGGACAACGUCAUUUUCCUCCCAGCUGCAUUCAGCCAAUCAGGUGGUGUGUUAUGGGUCCGACGCUGACAUAGCUUGGAACCGAGACAAUUUAGCAGAACAACUUCAGAAAAUGGCCAAAAUGAGAACUCCAUCGGAUAUGAUACGGCUAAGAAUGGACUUUAUACCAAGUUCAAGCAUGGAAUCGCCUAGCUUCUCGGAACUGAUUGGCCAGUUAAAGAAAAUUCGGGAUCCAACGGAAGUUACGGUGGAGGAAUUCUCGGCGUUCUCGGUCGAUAACAGUUUCAAAGCUGUAAGCAGCGUCUGUCCAACAGAUGAAGGUACGGCCUGGAUCGCUCUGGGUUGGACUGCUGAUGUGCAUCUCUUCUACCGCCACGGGGUCAAGGUCAAAACACAUGUGGUCAGCAAGACUAUCGAUUUCAUUACAAGAGAUGCAGAUAACUACUUAAUAAUGUCAAGUAACGAACAGAAAAUGGUCGGAAAACCUGGACCAGGUUUUAAUUUGGAUACCUUUGCGUCAUUUCCGGGGUAUCAUCCGCGCGGGUUGACCAUGACUCCAGACGGCGAUAUUCUCAUCUGCUUAGCGCAGUCGGCUGCUUUUCAAGAUUACCGUCCCACACAUAAAAACAAAGUCGUAAAGAUGGAUGCGAGCGGGAAAAUGACAACAGAAUACGGAGCCGACGGCAAACUGUUCAUGUACCCUCUACGAGUAGCGGUGAACGUUAAUGGAGAUAUUUGCGUUUCAGAUAGUCGUAAACAAAGCGUAGUGAUUGUGAAGUCUUCUGGCGAAUUCAAAACAGAGUAUACCGGCAAUACCUCCGAGCAAGAACAGAAAAGUUCUUUCGAACCGCGAGGAAUAGCUUGCGAUAAUCGAGGGCAUAUAUUCGUGGCGGAUAGCGCGAAUCACGCCAUUCAUAUGUUGGAGCACACUGGGAAAUUCAUGCGCAAUGUGGUCACAGAAGCGGAUGGACUAUACGGCCCUUAUUCUGUCUCUGUCGACAAGGAGGACUACUUAUGGGUGGGUUGCCGAGAUGCAGAUAUCAAAGUCUAUAAACUUAACUGGUCAUAACAAUGGACAGAUUUAAAUACAUGUUGUUGCUUUUUCGCGGCCGAUAUCAUUAUAGAAAUGUCGUCGGAUCAAAUCAGUAGAUUUGAUUUCAAGUACAAUAUGUUAGGACAUUCGAAAAAAAAAGACCCUAAAUAGUGUGGCUGAUAAAGCAUAUAAUUGAGCCGUGCCAUGAGAAAACCAACAUUGUGGGUUUGCGACCAGCAUGGAUCCAGACCAGCCUGCGCAUCCACGCAGUCUUGUCAGGAUCCAUGCUGUUCGCUAACAGUUUCUUUAAUUGCAAUAGACUUUGAAAGCGAACAGCAUGAAUCCUAACCAGACUGCGCGGAUGCGCAGGCUGGUCUGGAUCCAUGCUGGUCGCAAACCCACUAUGUUGGUUUUCUCAUGGCAUGGUUCAUAUUAUAUUUCGUGCCUUCCCUGUGUUUGAUGUGGGUUUGUUUGAAUUAUUGAAUCUUAUUUUCAUAUGAAAUAACUAUUUUUCCAUAAUAUGUCUAUAUGUUUGUGAGUAAAAAAUGCAUUACGAAAUAAUUAUUUGGCAUUGAAAUGGUAAAACUGAGUUUUUAAGACCAUUCUUAG